AUGGCGGAAGCGGUGAAGCUCAUCGGCGCCUUCGGCAGCCCAUUCGUCCACCGGGCCGAGGUGGCACUGCGCCUGAAGGACGUCCCCUACGAGCUCAUCCUUGAGGAUCUCACCAACAAGAGCGAGCUGCUGCUCCGUCACAACCCCAUCCACAAGACGGUGCCGGUGCUCCUCCACGGCGACCGGCCGGCCAUCUGUGAGUCCCUGCUCAUCGUCGAGUAUGUCGACGAGGCUUUCGACGGCCCGCCACUCCUCCCCGUCGACCCCUACGACCGCGCCAUGGCACGCUUCUGGGCCCAGUUCAUCGAGCAGAAGUGCUCGAUGCCGUUUUGGAUGGCGGUGUGGCUGGAUGACGGCGAGGCGCGGGAGGGGUUCGUGAGGGAGACGAGGGCGAACCUUGCGCUGCUGGAGGCGCGGCUCCAGGGGAAGCGGUUCUUCGCCGGCGACGGCGUGGGUUGCCUGGUGGGCGCCGCCGAGUUCCCGGCGCUGAGGAGUUGGGCGGAGGCCUACACCUCCGACGAGACCGUGAGCGCGUGCCUGCCGCCGAGGGAGCAGCUCGUCGCCAACUUCGCCGGGAAGAAGGAUAGGAUCAAAAUGGCGGUCAACGCGAUGGUGCAGCGAUCAUAA